AUGAAGAAUAAGAAGAAUAAGACAAAGAGCAAUACUACGAAGAACAACGAAAACAAAGAAGAAAAAGAAGGAGAGAUGAAGUUUUCCCAAACGCUGCUCUCUUCGAAGAUCGGUUCUGUGCUGACCAAACGACCGUACGAUUUGAACCUAUCGCACAAAACAGAAAAGAUUGAAAAUCCGUUUCACGAAAUCUUAAUCAGAGACGACGUGUUGAGCAAGAAAGAGUGCGAUUCGAUCGUCGCGUCCAUCUGUUCGAUUUUUGAGUAUCAACUGGCCACGAGCCGAGGACCGAAAUUCGGAGAAGCGAGGAGGAAAAACAAUCGGAUGUCGUUCGCAGACGAGAAAUUAGCGAAAAUGUUAUGGGAGGAUAUCGGGUUGAAGACUAUGUUUAUUCGCAGCGACGACGAAGAAGAAGAAGAAGAAGAAGAAGAAGAAGAAGAAGAAGAAGAAGAGGUUUUUCACUCUCUCAAUGAAAAUUUCAGAGUGUACGAAUACACGGAAUCGCACCAUUUCGGGCCGCACAUCGACGAGCGCGUGCGAACGAAGAACGCGCGACAUCAAAAGUUAGUGAGCACGCACACGAUGCUCUUAUAUUUAGCCGGAGAAGAGAACGGGCUGAAAGGAGGGAACACGUAUUUCUUGGACGACUAUAGAAAUCGAAUCGCGAGCGUGACGCCAAAGGCUGGACGUGUUUGUUUCUUCAGGCACGGCGAGGAGAAGUGCGAACACGAAGGGGAGGAAAUAUUCGCAGGGAAGAAGAUUGUGCUGAGAAGCGACGUGUUUAAAUUAGUGGAUGUAGAAGAAUAG